CUUCGUCUCAGGCAAUUUCAUUCCAUAAAUUCCACGGUCUGCUUGAAAAAUUUAAAAUUCCAUAAAUGUGAGUUGAUAACAACAAUUAAUUGAAUCUGAUCCCCUAGCCAUUAUGGGCCGUACAUAUUCGUUAAUUAAUCGAGAAAACUUGUCUAUUUUGGUCAAUACACACCGCCUCAUUUAGCUGAAUAAAUACGAGACCCUGAUAUGUGCCUUUCUUCCUCGUAUUCUCUGCUUACAUUAAACACAUAAAAGAACAAAAAAAACUUGGGAAUUUUCGAUUUUUUCUUGUGAAACAGUUGUUGAAAAAUGGCCGAAGAGGGACAGGUGAUCAGCGUCCACUCCGUUGAUGAGUGGAAGCAGCAUAUCCAGAAGAGCGUCGAGAGUAAGAAACUGGUGGUGGUUGACUUCACGGCUUCAUGGUGUGGGCCGUGCCGUUUCAUUGCUCCGAUAUUGGCUGAGAUUGCCAAAAAGACUCCCCAUGUUAUAUUCCUCAAGGUUGAUGUGGAUGAACUCAAGGCUGUGGCUGAGGAAAAUCAAGUGGAGGCUAUGCCCACCUUUUUGUUCUUCAAAGAGGGAAAGGUAGUCGACAAGAUUGUUGGUGCAAAGAAGGAGGACUUGCAGCUGACAGUGGCUAAGCAUAGUACCAUUGCUGCUUGAAUUUUCUGAUCCUUUAGUCGUGCUUUAUUCACGCGUUUAAUAAGUUGUUAUUAAGGGAUUCGUCCCAGCCUUGCACUUGUGUGGAUGGUUAUGUCAAUGUAAUGGAUAUUUCUACUAAGUACAUCUUGCUCGAGGUUUCUUUGCUGUUAUCUGGUGUGGUUAUUCUUUUCCCGGGAUCCAAAUUAUUUUAUUUUAUUAUAAAGACGGGUUCCUUUUAUUAGUUUUUUAGGUCUCAACCCCUCAUGGCACCUAAGUAAAUAUAAUCUUGCCACAAAUUUUUGUGUAAGGCAGCUUAACGGAUAGACUAGUUGACCCGA